UUGCAGUAGGGUUUCCAGGUUCCAAAUCUGAUAUGAUGUCACAGCUGGCACAAGGGGAAGAGCCGUGGGUCGCAGACCUCCAGGGCUCUGAGAAAGAAGUGCUUCCAAGAGCUGCCUUCCCAGGUAGUGAUCUAUGUCUGGAUUCUCUCUGUCUCCCAUCAGCUGAUGAGAUGGUGAGUCAGAAUGAGGAGGAGACAUCCCAUCAGGAAGAUGCUGAGCAAGGAGAACUACAUGGAACUUUAUCAGGAAGAUCCAAAGGGAAUGUUUCCAGGAGUUGUGCACUCCUAGAAAAAACAAAAGCCUGUGAGACUCAGGGGAGGCCAGAGGGAAACUUCAGUAGCCACUCAGACCUUAUAACAAGCGACAGAAUCAACUUGGAAGAGACAUGCUACACAUGCCAUGAGUGUGGGAAAAGCUUCAAUCGGGGCUCACACCUUAUCACACAUCAGACAAUCCACACAGGAGAAGCGCCCCACACAUGCUCAGAGUGCAGGAAAAUCUUUAGUCGGAGUUCUACCCUGAACACACAUCGUAGAAUCCUCACAGGAGAGACGCCCUACACAUGCACUGAGUGUGGGAAAAGCUUUUGUCACCGCUCAGACCUUAUCACACAUCAGAGAAUCCACACAGGGGAGAAGCCCUACACAUGCUCCGAGUGCGGGAAAAGCUUCAAUCAGAGCUCUACCCUGAUCACACAUCAGAGAAUCCACACAGGGGAGAUGCCCUACACAUGCUCCGAGUGUGGGAAAAGCUUCAAUCAGGAGCUCCACGAGGGAGAGCGCGCCCCCUCGGUGACCGCACGGACUGGUCGGCAGAGAACAGUUUCCAGGUCGCGGAGAGGUCCUGGUAGAAAGACCGGCAAGCCCGGCAAAGAGUCUCGUGGAAGACCCCCGGAUCGGUUCGGAGAUAAAGGACUGCCGGUUGUAUUGGAGCUCUCGGAAAGCGAGCGGCAGGAAGGCGUGCGCCAGGGCUCUCCAUGCCGGACUACGCGCACCAUAAAGAAGCCUCUGCAGUGCCUGGAGGCGGAAAGACCGUGA